AUGUUAAGAUCAAACUCAAACAACUCCAAAUCGUCAGAUAGAGUAGCUUUAUUUUCGAAUAGUAAUAACGAUACUACUUCGUCUUCUUUAGGAAGAAAAGUAAAACAUGAAGCUGACGCACCAAGUCAAUUUGAACAACAAAAUGAUUAUCGAUUAGAUGAGUUGAAUUCAAAACUUUCGGCUUUGCAUAAA